AUGGUAGGCAUCAAGCCAUAUCAGGCGUAUGAACCCGUAGAGGAGGGAAGGGGCGACUUGCUCAGAUCCCAUCCCUAUUUCCAUACCGUCAACGAAGAUGUGCGAGGAGUCGCGCUACAGUCGUGAGUGUGAGUGCUCGAUCAGAGCCGGAUCCCAAGUCGGGCUCUAGAGUCGCCACUCGCAGCAGCAGUCCGCGCCCUGAAACCGUUCUGCCGUCUGCUGGCGCAGCUUCCGAAGCUACGGCCGGCAUCUUGGUGUGA